AUAAUGGAUGGCGAAAAUCGUAUAAUAUUAAAUGUUGGUGGAAUUCGAUAUGAAACAUAUAAAGCUACGUUGAAAAAGAUACCUGCAACGAGAUUAUCUCGUUUAACUGAAGCAUUAGCCAAUUAUGAUCCAAUAUUGAAUGAAUAUUUCUUCGAUCGACAUCCAGGCGUUUUUGCUCAAGUUCUAAACUACUAUAGAACUGGUAAAUUACACUAUCCAACAAAUGUUUGUGGUCCAUUAUUUGAAGAAGAAUUAGAAUUUUGGGGACUUGAUUCAAAUCAAGUUGAACCAUGUUGUUGGAGUACUUACAGUAUUCAUCGUGAUACACAGGCAACGCUUGCAAUUUUGGAUAAAUUAGAUAUUGAUGCUGAAAAACCAAAUGAUGAAGAAAUCGCUCGUUUAUUUGGUUAUGAAGAAGCAUUUUUAGCUGGUAAUUUAACACGAUGGCAACGAAUAAAACCUCAAAUAUGGUCUUUAUUCGAUGAACAUUACUCUUCAACGGCUGCUAAAAUUGUUGCUGUUAUAUCUGUAUUUUUUAUAUGUAUAUCCGUAUUAUCAUUUUGUUUAAAAACACAUCCGGAUAUGCGGAUACAUAUUGAACGACCAAUAGGUGUUAAUGGUAGCAGUAUUAUUUUAACACGAGUGGAUGAUGUACCACAUUCAGCAUUUUUUUAUGUGGAACUUGUAUGUAAUGUUUGGUUUACAUUUGAAUUAUUAGUACGAUUUGUGGUUGCACCAAACAUUAUGGAUUUUAUAAAAUCGCCAGUAAAUAUAAUUGAUUUUAUAGCAACGUUAAGUUUUUACACGGAUUGGAUAUUGCAAACUAGUAUUGCCCAACCCAUUGCUGAUAAAGCGAAUAUUUUAGAAUUUUUUUCAAUAAUACGUAUAUUACGUUUAUUCAAAUUAACACGUCAUUCACCGGACCUAAAAAUAUUAAUACAUACAUUUAAAGCAAGUGCGAAAGAAUUAACAUUAUUAGUGUUUUUUCUUGUUUUGGGUAUAGUUGUAUUUGCUAGUUUGGUGUAUUAUGCGGAACGUUUACAGGAAAAUCCAAAGAAUAAUUUUAAGAGUAUACCGGAAGGAUUGUGGUGGGCGAUUGUUACUAUGACAACAGUGGGAUAUGGUGAUAUGGCACCAAAAACAUAUGCUGGAAUGUUCGUUGGGGCUUUAUGUGCAUUGGCUGGUGUAUUAACAAUAGCUUUACCUGUACCAGUUAUUGUAUCAAAUUUCAGUAUGUUCUAUUCACAUACACAGGCUAGAUCGAAGUUACCGAAAAAGCGACGACGUGUUUUACCAGUUGAACAACCGCGUAGAAAACGUGGAGAUGGUGCUGCCAACCGUCGUAUGAAUGCUAUAAAACAUCAUCACCCUGCGCUGUUCAAGGAUGCUUUCGGUAACGCUAAAAUCGGAAAUGUGAAUGGUGUAAACGUGAUUGGCAUUGCAUUACAAACACCAUCAGUGGUUCCAAGUCUUGCCGUUAUACGACACCCAUCGUCUGAUUCGCGUUCUCUUGUACCAUCUGGUGAUACAACAAGUGUUGAUUGGGCACCAUCGGCUGCCAGCUGCGGUUCAAUAUUACCGUUGGCACCUCUACAACCCCGCCCAGCAACAAUUGGUGGAUUAGAUGUAAUUACAGCACCACGUCAACCUCGUGUUAUAUUGUCAUCAGAAAAAGAAAGCACAGCUCAUUCACAACAGCAACAACAACGUGAAACUAAAUCGGAACCACGUGAAGUUACUACAUCUGUGGCCAUAAAUCGAAAAACAUCGAUAACACCAUCUUAUAAAAAUACUGAAUUGAAAACCAAUGAUGAAAUUGUGACAAUUAGUAAAACUGUCGAUGAACAGGAAAAGCAACAAUCGACAACAACGCUAUCUAGUGGUGCUAUUAGUAAGGAAAAAUUAUUGUGUUUAGAUUUAAUAAAUGCUGAACGUAAUGAAAUUUUGUAA